UUAAGAGCCAACUUUCUUGUCGGUUUUUCCUGUGUCCUUUUGAGGAAGUACCCUAGAGACACACAGAGCCAGCCUGUGCUGGGAUACCGCAGGAGGGGACCGCAGGAAGGGGAAGAGGCUUGGAGCGAGGGCAGUGUCAGCACCACGGCCCGGGAAGUGCGGUCAGCGGGCUCUGUCCAGCCCUAUCAAACACUGCAGUGUGCCUCCCCCUCACCUGCCGGACUCUCCAGCUCCUGCUCCUGCUCCUUGUGGUGACUGUACUGCUGAAUUCUGUUGGGCUGGACCCUGCCACCACCAGACCAGUAGUUCUCCAAGGAGCCUGUGAAGCUGAGAAUGUCGGAGACCCGCACAACCACCUUUGGAGGCAGGAGAGCUGUCCCCCCCAACAACUCUAAUGCUGAAGAGAACAACCCCCCUACUGUGGAGCUGCAGGGCCUGGUGCCCCGAGGCGUCAACCUGCAAGACUACCUUCAUGUCACGAGUGUUCACCUGUUCAAGGAGCAAUGGGACGCCAACAAAGUGGAUCACCACACUGACAAGUACAACAACAACAAUCUGAUUGUACGUAGAGGACAGUCUUUCUACAUCCAGAUUGACUUCAAUCGUGCAUACGACCCCAGAAAAGAUCUCUUCAGAGUGGAAUAUGUCAUUGGGCGCUACCCUCAAGAGAACAAGGGAACCUACAUCCCGGUUCCUAUCCUGUCGGAGCUGAGAAGUGGCAAGUGGGGGGCCAAAGUCAUCAUGAGACAGGACAGGUCUGUCCGGCUGUCCAUCCAGUCUUCCCCAGAGUGCAUUGUGGGGAAAUUCCGCAUGUACGUUGCCAUUUGGACCCCCUAUGGAAUACUCCGCACCAGCCGCGACCCAGAAACAGACACCUACAUUCUCUUCAAUCCUUGGUGUGAAGAGGAUGCUGUGUACCUGGACAAUGAUAAAGAAAGAGAAGAGUAUGUCCUGAAUGACGUCGGGGUUAUUUUUCAUGGAAACGCCAGUAACGUCAAGACUAGAAGCUGGAGCUAUGGUCAGUUUGAGAAUGGCAUCCUGGACGCUUGCCUGCAUUUGAUGGACAAAGCACAGAUGGACCUUUCGGGCAGAGGGAAUCCCGUCAAAGUCAGCCGCGUUGGGUCUGCAAUGGUUAAUUCCAAAGAUGAUGAUGGUGUCAUUGUUGGAUCCUGGGACAACAUCUAUGAGUAUGGGGUCCCUCCAUCAGCCUGGACUGGAAGCAUCGACAUUCUGUUGGAAUAUCAUAGUUCCAAGAAUCCAGUUCGGUAUGGUCAGUGCUGGGUUUUUGCUGGUGUCUUUAACACAUUCUUGCGAUGCCUUGGGAUACCGGCGAGAGUCGUUACCAACUACUUCUCAGCCCACGAUAACAAUGCCAAUUUGCAAAUGGACAUCUUCCUGGAAGAAGAUGGGAAUGUGAAUUCCAAACUCACCAAGGACUCCGUGUGGAACUACCACUGCUGGAACGAAGCCUGGAUGACGAGGCCUGAUCUUCCCGUUGGGUUUGGAGGCUGGCAGGCCGUGGACAGCACCCCUCAGGAAAACAGUGACGGGAUGUACCGGUGCGGCCCGGCCUCCGUUCAAGCCAUUAAGCACGGUCACGUCUGCUUCCAGUUUGAUGCGCCCUUUGUGUUUGCGGAGGUCAACAGUGAUCUUGUUUACAUCACAGCUAAGAAAGAUGGCACUCAUGUGGUAGAAGCUGUAGAUACCACCCACAUUGGGAAAUUAAUUGUGACCAAAGAAACUGGAGGAGAUGGCAUGAAGGAUAUUACUGAUACCUACAAAUUUCAAGAAGGACAAAAGGAAGAGAGACUGGCCCUGGAAACUGCCCUGAUGUACGGGGUUAAAAAGCCCCUCAACACGGAAGGCGUGGCGAAACCGAGGUCCGACGUGACCAUGGACUUCGAAGUGGCAAACGCCGUGCUGGGCAAAGACUUCAAGGUCACCAUCACCUUCCAGAACAACAGCCCCAACUCUUACACCAUCACUGCCUAUCUCUCGGGCAAUGUCACCUUCUACACCGGGGUCUCCAAGGAGGAAUUCAAGAAGGAGACAUUCGAUGUGGCCCUGGAGCCCAUGUCCUUCAAGAAGGAGGAGGUGCUGGUCAGAGCCGGCGAGUACAUGGGCCAGCUGCUGGAGCAGGCGUCUCUGCACUUCUUUGUCACCGCUCGUGUCGAAGAGACCAGGGACAUUCUGGCCAAGCAGAAGUCCACUGUGCUGACCAUCCCCAAGGUCAUCAUCAAGGUCCGUGGCCCUCAGAUGGUCGGUUCUGACAUGGUCGUGACUGUUGAGUUCACCAAUCCUUUGCAAGAACCCCUGAGAAACGUGUGGAUGCGCCUGGAUGGUCCCGGAGUGGUAAAACCGAUGACGAAGCUGUUCCGUGAAAUCCAGCCCAACUCCACUGUGCAGUGGGAAGAAGUGAGUCGGCCUUGGGUCUCCGGCCCUCGGAAGCUGAUAGCCAGCAUGACCAGUGACUCCCUGAGACACGUGUACGGCGAGCUGGAUUUGCAGAUUCAGAGAAGGCCUUCUGUGUAAAUGCACAAGAGGCUGAGAUGGGCCCGGGCACUUGGCCUCUUGUAGUCUUGGCUAAGGAAAUGCUAACGCAGAAACAGUCAGCUCUUGCUUUAACUUAGAUGCGAAGACCCAGACCGGCCUGGAUGAGGUGCCAGGGUGGGGAUGCGUGUAUUUCAAAGACGUACUUUCCUAAAUUCAGGCUACUCAGAGUGGAAGUUAGUUUUUAAUCACUCCACCUUCCAAAGGAUUUUGAGGAUUAGCUUUAAUUAAGCCCUAAUUAAGCUCUCAUAGCUCAUAAGAGUAAAAGUCAUCAUUUAUCAUCACAAAUGGCUGCAGCUUCAAAUAUCAGAGGACUUCCCUUAGCAAGGGGAUUUGCUUAAUACCUGGCCUCAUGUAAAACAAGACUUCUGGUCCCCCACUCAGCCUUUUAUAAGGGUAACAUACUCCCCCAAAUGAAGGGGAACAUCAUUCGGGCCCUAACAUUCUGUUCCCAUUUCUCAGAAGCAGGCUCUGUGUCAGAACAGUUUUCCCAUGGAUUGAGUUCAACAUCAUCUGUCUUCUUGGCAAAGCUGCAGAAAGGUCUUUCAUCUCGCACCUGCAGCAAAGCAACUACCUGCCAAAUUGCACAGCUUUGCGUGGUGAGGAAAUGUGGCCCCACAUUAACAAAUUGCAUUUGUGAGAAACUUAAUCACCUAAGAGGAGCUAAGCAAGCAGGUGCAAUACUCAGAUCUAUUAAAUAAUGUAGUUUUAUGGUGCAUUUUAUAAGAGGUAUCACACCACGGCCUGACAGCAGGAACCAAUAGCCCUUACUUUAACCUUUUCUGGGCUGCGGUGCAAGCAUCUCUCAGAGGCAUUGCAGGUUUGUCUCCAGACCACCACAAUAAAGCAAAUAUCCUAACAAAGCAACUUGUAAUCUUUUUGCUGGUAAAGGAUCUUGCCUUCAAUUUGUACAAAAAUACAAGGAUGCCUGUACUAGAAAGUAAUGAGUCUAGCUUGGGACAGGAAUGAGGAAUUAGUCUCUUUAACUGGUAAUUACACUUCACCUGUCUCUCUGGGAUCAUCUUUGCAUAAUGAUGCUGGCCCAGAUACAUUUUCAGAAAUAAAAUAAGCCCAACAAUUUGGAGAAGCUGGCAGAUUUAGUGACCAAACACAUGGGAGGAUGGGCAGCUGUUAAUUCUCUCUUGUCCUUCACAACACCCAUGUUGAGACCUCAGCUCAUCACUCAGGGGCUGAGAGGUGAUGUGGACUCCACCCUGCAAAUAGCCAGUAGCGCUGCAGACCCUGUGAGAGAAGAUGUUGACAUCAUUUAUAUUGUGCUCCAAGGUUUCAACGGACAAGACUGCCUGGUAUUUAUUUGCAAAGCUGAUUUAUGGUCAGAAUUACCCACUGAUAUGCCUAGGGUAUGAUUUAGGUCAAUAGAUUGUGAUUCUUAAUGAAUAAGCAAAAAGCAGAAAGAAACCUGAGGGAGAAACCGGAGUGGAAGUCUUGGUCUAUAUAACCGCAUUUCUAAGCCUUUGAGACUGUUUCUGAGCCUUUAGCCCGGGAAGCCAUGAGGGUAGCUGGUCCCUGUGAGCACGUCAUGCUAACUCUGUACGUGAUCUCCCAGCACUUACCAAGCCUUCCGAUAGCCAAUCUGAAAGUUAAAUGCAUUUUGCUCGACUGUUAAACUGACUUAACAUAGCAUAUUCUUAUUAACAAGAAUGUAAUCAAAGCUUAAAAUAAAGCGAAUCUGAUUGUAUUUG